UGCACGCACAUGCGCACAGGGUCUGUCAACGAUUAUUUACAACUGGUGACUCCACACUCAGCUCCGAAUAGUCCGGCGUUUGAUGCCAUCAACGUCGCUCCAAGAGUGCAUUUUUUUUUCCAUUUCCGGAGUUGUGUGAAUUAAUUUGAGUCGAAGAAUAUUUUUGACUUUUUGAAAUAAAUGUAUGACUCGAGAAAAUGGGAAACGUCAGCUGGGGAGAACUGUUCCCGGGACGAUGGAGUGCGGUUAUAUUCAUAUCCUACAUGGCCCUCUUUGUAAAUCAAGGGAUAAUUGUAACAUGGUCUCAAACCAAAGGAGAUUACAAAUACAACGUUGUCACCGUUGUGCUUAUGACUGAAGUGCUCAAACUGAUAGUAUCUACAAUAUUAUACUGCGGGAAUAAUGAUAUUUCAUCUCUCUUGCCCGAGAUGAUAAAGCACAGAAAGGUGUUGUUGCUGUAUAUGAUCCCAUCAUUCCUCUACUGUCUGUACAACAAUUUAGCGUUCAUAAAUCUCGCUGCGUUCGACCCCACGACUUACUAUCUCCUUCUGCAGUUUAGGGUAGUAAUCACUGGAAUUAUUUUCCAGGUAGUUUUUAAGAAGCAAUUAUCGAAGAAGCAAUGGAUGUCUCUAGUGAUAUUGACACUGGGCUGCAUGAUGAAGCACGUCAACUUGAACUCCGGAAGCACAGUUUCCAAUUUUCACCUCAAUAUUAACGCAUUGUUCAUAUUCAUUCAGACAAUCUGUUCUUGCCUAGCUGGUGUCUACAACGAGUACCUCCUGAAAGGCCAAGGCGCCAGCAUAGACAUCUACGUGCAAAACGUCUUCAUGUACAUCGACAGUAUUAUGUGCAACAUACUAGUAUUAAUACUCCAGGGGAAUCUGCUGGGUGCCUUCGACAACCUAGGCCCCAGUAUUCUCUUCGAUCCCAAAGUCCUAGUGAUAAUAGCCAACAAUGCAGCAGUGGGAAUAAUCACGAGCUUCUUCUUGAAGACCUUGAACUCAAUCCUCAAGACUUUUGCCAGUGCCUUGGAGCUCGUGUUCACUGCAAUUCUCUGCUGGAUCCUCUUCGGAAUUCCCAUAUAUCUCAACACUGUUCUGGCUAUUGGAAUGGUCAGCUACGCUGUUAUUCUGUACUCGCAGAAUCCUGUGCAGAAUUCAUCGAGGGAGGGGAUCAGGGGCGAAGAGGAAGACGAGAGGACAGAGCCUCUCAUAUCGAAGAAGGGGAUGGAGAUUCUUUGAAUAGUUACGAAGAUUUUUUCGUCGUCCUGUUAUAAUUUCACUCGGGGGAUGAAGAUGGCUCUCCAGUUUUUUGCAUUUAUCUCGAGAAUACGUGGGUUUUGAAGGAAAUGUCAGUAGACAUUUUUUGGUGGAAAUUUAAUUGUCUACGAUAAAUAUUCUGACAAUUUUUUUGUCAGACCACUCUUGAACGAGAUAAUUACCAAAACUUGAAUGAAAGUUUUUUUCACUCAACUGUUUUUCGAAUUUUCUCCUCCUUUGUUCAUUGCUCAUUAUCUCUGUAAUGAGUGGUUGUGCGAAAUAAUACCGCUGAACCACUCGUCACCGAGGUAUUCACGAAAUAAUAGCCUCUCCCCUUAGAAUCAUCAGUUAGCUAAUUUUAAAAAUUGUUUUUAGUUAAUUUAAAAUUAUAUUUAGAGCUGUAAUGAACACGAGAUCAUCGAGACAAUUGUUUGUGAUAAUUCCGACGAUUCUUAAUGUUGGAAUAAUUCGAUUCUUCUAGGACUGAACAGCGAAGGAUGUAAUUAGUUAGAUUAUUGAGAGAUUACAAUGACUUUGGAUGAUUUGUCUCAUUCAGUGGACAAUUAUCGAUUAAAUGGCGAAAAUACAUGAAUGUAAACGAGUUAGGGCGAUUAUUAGUGAGCGUUGUUUUGCUUUCAUGACAAUUUUUGGUGGGUUACCAUUGAUUAUUGAGGAGUCGCUGAUGCAAUUGAAAAUUAUUUUUAGUUUGUGUUGACAUUUAUCUAUUGUUUCAAAUAAAAGCAAUAUUUUAUUAUGGGCUGAAGAUAA